AUGACGCAGGACAGUCCUCAUGAUGGUCCGAAAGGACACAUCGACCCUACCAGCCAAAGUCUCACCACAGACGCUUCGCCUAGGCUGGAUGACCCUGCCCCCAAGGAAAUUGCAGCAGAUGCAGCAAUCAACCCAACCCUGCCUAGCACAGAAGGACAACUGAACGAUGGCGAAAUACCUCACUCCUGCCAGGCCGAGAACCCAGGAUGCUCUAGUGGAGAGGAGAUUGGCAAUGCCCAGAUCCCGAAUCACCCCAAUGAGGCUGAUGAGAGCCAGGUUUCGGAGUAUGGAGAGAUCAACCAGUCCAACGCCGCUCUGUACUGCCAGAAGAGUGGGCGGCUGCACGUAUCCUUCAUAGGCAUAGGGAUCCUCGACUGCCCAUAUUGUCAACAAAGCUUGAGGGCGCCGAAAACCCCUAACGACGGACCAUCGGACCUUGACAACACACUCCGGCAUUUCAAAACCGAUAUGAGAGUCUACUUCAGGACAACAGACGAUGAUAACUCUCGUGAAGAGGAGGUGAAACGAUUCGGCGUACACAGUAGCGGACAUCUAAGGACAUCGGAAGAGGACUCGGAUAGUGAUUCGGAAAAGGAGUCGACAGAGCAAGAAGGCGAAAAAGAUGCUUCCACUGAGCCGUUGGUCUCUCACCUUGUGGAGUAUAGGGACGAAAGGGACCGCGUCGUUUUGAUAAGCCCUUGCGCAGCUGAUUUUGAUCUCGCAGAGGCCAGAAAGGCUACAGGUGCCAUGAGUGGGUCAAUCUUUGACGUGAUCACGGUCAUAGAUACCUCAUUAUCUCGCUCGGAGUUCCGUUACGACUACCCAUACUCCGAGUCUGACAUCUUGAACAACCCCAAACUGACACUGAAAGUUCGACUCAAGCAGCUUGUGAUCCACUCACACAUGAUCAUUGCGGCUGUCCGCCGUGCUGUUCGAUACUAUCCGUCCCAAAAGUUCAAUACUGAGGACCUUGUCAUUGAAGAACCCUACAUGCUUCUACAGCAUCACGUGGAAGAGUUGAAGUCUAUCCGAGAAUUGUCAGAGCAAGGACUCGGAGUGGAGCCGAGAAACGCCGAGCAAGAAUUGAAAUUCCAGGAAUCGCAGCAUCUUGCGGCUCUGCUGAACUUCCUUCAAAAGAGCAGUGCUACCGACAUUGAGGAAGAGAGAGAGCGACACAAGCGGGGCAUGUGCACAUUUCGCAUGCUUUGGCUCUUGUUCAAGCCAGGCACGACUGUAUACGCAGACAUCUGCGGGACAUUAUCUGCGUAUGUGGUCCGCAAGUUCAAGAUCUUUAGAGGAGGUUACAGCAAGGAAUAUAACAUCUCGAUCUGGAACCUGGUCUACGAUGGCAAAUAUGUCGGAAGAUCGAAGUCCAUGGUCACAAUCGCACAGUUCGAAGGGGAAAGGCAGAUCCAGUCUAUGAAAGUGUUUCCUAGCGAAUUCCAUGAUCGGGAAGAUGGCGGCAGACUUCGUCAGCAAUUGGAGACGAACGGGGAAAGUUGGUUCAGCCUUAUCCGGGGGGCGCAAGUCUAUUAUGAAGGGCCACUUCUCGGCAGCGCAAGGCGACAUUUCAAAGGGCGAGCAUACGUGGACAACGCCGCAUACUUCAAUCUUGACUAUGGGGUUGGUGAGGAACUUGAUGUCCGUGACUAUGGCAAGGAAAUGAGCAAGUGUCAGUGUGAGCAGUGCCAUGGACGUCGACCUCAUCCCCCGCCGGACUUCCCAUGGGCGCGGUAUGACCUCAUUGACCCGGAAACGGAAAAUAAUUUGGUGCUUGCCAACUCACCCGAGGGACCUCGCCAUCGCUAUAUGUUAUGCAGUCCAAUACUGUGGGGUUUUGACCUCAAGGCUCGAGAAUGGAAGGAGCUCGAUGUGAAUUGCUGCCGCGAGCCCAAGAUCAAUGCGGAUAUCAUCGACACGCUCGUUAUGCCACCUGAUAGAAAGGAGAUGAUCAAGGCACUUGUUUACAAGUUCGCAGAUUCAGGGUCACCAAAGAAGCCUUCCCAACCCUGGGGAGCAGAUUUCAUCGAGAACAAAGGCGAAGGACAGAUCUUUCUUCUUCAUGGAGGACCCGGCGUUGGAAAGACAUAUACUGCAGAAUGCAUAGCUGAGUUUACCGGGCGACCACUUCUCUCGUUGACCUGUGCAGAUAUCGGUACAGAUGAAGGCGUCAUGGAACAAAAGCUUUCCAAGUGGUUCACUCUAGCCGAGAGAUGGGGUGCGGUCAUGCUCAUAGACGAAGCAGACGUCUAUCUCGAGCGAAGGCAGAUAUCCGAUCUCAUACGCAACAGCCUAGUCUCGGUCUUCUUGCGCUGCAUUGAGUAUUAUCGCGGCAUCCUAUUCCUCACGACCAAUCGAGUGGGGCAUUUCGAUGAUGCAUUCAUGUCACGCAUUCACGUCAUCAUAGCUUACGACAACCUUCAAGCCGAAGAGCGUGCAACUAUCUGGCGCCAGUUCUUUGACAAACUCGAAGAAGACCGUACAGACUUCGUGAUCACGUCGCGAGCGAAGGAAUACGUGCUUCAUGACGAAGCAAUCACUAAGCUAGAGUUGAACGGGAGAGAGAUUCGCAAUGCCUUCCAGACUGCGGUAGCUCUUGCAGAGUACCGCUUCGCUCAACGGCAGCACCAUGCGCGUGAUCAUCCCAGGCUCGACCAGAAGGACUUCGAGCAGGUGUGUGCAAUGAUGCAACAGUUCAAACAAUACCUGGACAAUGUCCAUGGCGCAAACGAAGACGGCCGUGCAUUCAAAUCCAGGGCGAGGGCAUAUCCUGAUGAUGUCCAUGAUGCAAACCCGGGUUCAUCCUUAACACACCAUCCGGCUCAGACUAGGUCGGAUGUGCACCACCCAACAAGGCCCAUGGGUAACUAUUGA